AUGACGGGGGAACAGAUUAUAGGCAGGUUUCCGAAGCAGAUCCAAGAAUUUAUUAGAUUAUGGAGAUAUUACUUUCCUUGUGAUAGAGUUUUGGCUCAAAGAAUAUUUAAAUCUACCGUUAAUAGUACCGUUGCAUUUAUAUUUACUCUAAUACCGAAAGUUAGAGCUCAUUUGGGUACAGAACCUGCGAUGCUUCCCUUAAUUUCUGUAAUAGUUCAUCCGGGGAGGAGAGUCAGUGGUACGAUACAAGGUGCCAUAUAUUGCACAACUGGUCUGAUAUUUGGACUGGCAUAUUCCAUUUUUGGUAGAUUCUUAGCUCAAAAGUGCGUAGGAGAUUCCUGGAAUAAAUUGACCGAAGUCGAACAAUACCAUCAGAAUUUUAAAAGAUUUGAAGCUGCACUUGCUAUUAUGGCAAUUUUUGAAACUAUAAUGUUAUUCUUUCAUGGAUGGAUGAGAUCUGUAUCUCAUCAUUAUUUUGGUAUAGUGUUCCCAUUGUUUUUGGUAACACAUUUCGCAUUGAUGGCCUCUUUAACGGAGUCUCCGGGGGUCAUCGCAAAUUCGUUUGCAACACCAUUUUAUUUGGGGAUAGCAAUGUCUAUAUUUUGGAAUUUAAUAUUGUUUCCAGAGUUUGGUAGUACAUAUUUAGGUACAGCUGCUAUUAAAAGUAUGAAUGAAUUACAUAAGGAUAUUGAUGCUGCAAUUAAUUUUUUCGUAUCAGUUAGUCAUUCCGCAUGUGAAGAUGAUAAGAGUAAUGAUAAUAGUGAAUUGUCUGAGAACAACGACCUUUAUGCAAAACCAAUAACUACGUUGUCUCGACUAUUGAAAUUCAAGGCAACUAUGUCCAAAAAUCUAAGUACCUGUGAAGCAGUCUUACAAGAAUGUAUAUAUGAAAUAUCAUAUUCAUAUGUAUCCCCAAAUAGUCUAGAAAAGCCUAUCUCCUUGUUUAAAGAUUUGUCUAUUUUCACAAAUGGUAUCAUUAAUGCAUGCCAAUUACAAUUCAUUGUGCUAGGUAGGUCAGAAAGUCUAGUUGAUGUCUCUAUGGAUGUAACUCCUGAUAAAGAAGUUGCAUAUGCUGAUUCGGCAAAAUUCUUACAAAUUUUAGAUACAUUAAAAGUACCGAUACAUGAUUUGCACCAAACAUUAAGUGAAACUAUGUAUAAGAUUAAUGUUGCAUUGGCAUAUGCUUACGACGUUGAAGUUAAAGAUACUUAUUACCCAACUAUAUUUAACAAUUUAGGUAUUAAGAAAAUGGAAAAUAAGCAAGAUAUCCCGGUAGAUUUCGAUUUUGAGAGUAAUAUCGCUUUAUUAGAAGAUGCAUCAACAAGAUUUAGUGAAAUCUUUAGAGAACAAUUACUUAAAUUCAAUAAGAAUGCUAUUGAUCCUAGUGACGAGAUGUUCAUUUUAUCAUCGUUUUUAAUGAAUUUUAAAGAAUGCAUAUCUGCUGUAUCCUCAAUUGCUAAACAAAUUCAACAAAUAUAUGAAUAUAGAAUAUCACAAGAAAAGAAAGGUUUCAUAAGAGGGAAAAAAAUAUGGUUUAAUUUUUUGACGAGUUUUGCUUCUUUUAAAGAAUGGAUGAUCGGUAAUUCAUUGUCAUUUACCGAGGGUGAAGCCUUGAAUGGUGUUAUAUAUGGUAAUAAUUUUGAACAACAACCAGAAUUGGUAACCAGGCGUCCAAAUAUUCAAGAAGAAGAUUUACUGCAACAGCAUAAAAAGGAUUAUCAGCAUGUUGACGAAAUUAAUAACAGUAAAUUGACUCUUCCUGUGGCAAAUCAAUCUUGUGAAUGUUCAUCAAGUACCAAGGCACCGUGUAAACAGUUCAGUGCCACUGCGUGUGUACGGUCAUGUAUGACAUGGUGUAACAUGUUUUAUAAGAAAUAUAAGGCCCAUUUCCGUUUUGGAACUCAAGUAGCAGUUGCAUUGCAGUUGGCAUCUUUUCCGAUGUUUGUUCCUAGACUAAGACAUUGGUACAUUAAUUAUCGUGGUACUUGGAUCGGUUUCGUGUGUAUUCUAUGUCUAGAACCUUCAGUUGGUGGGACCUUUUGGGUGUUCUUCCUGAGAACAGUAGGAGUUGCGUUCGGGGCACUGUGGGGUCUUGUCUCUUAUUACUCAGGGCAAAACCAAAGCAAUCCAUAUCUAGAGACUGUUAUUACAUUAUUUGGAGCAGUUCCAGGAUUUUAUUUCUUAUUAGGGACUCCAUAUGUUAAAGCAGCAAUUAUCCAUAUUAUUAGUAUUUAUGUUGUUAUUUUGGCAGCCGUCUUACCAACUACAAUACCGUCUGCUAUUCCUGUAAGUUUUGCUAAGAGAUGUCUAGCAGUCGGAUAUGGUGGUACUAUAGCUCUAAUUGUACAAGUCAUUAUUUUCCCUAUUAAAGCGCGAGAUCAAUUAAAUGAAGAAAUAUCGUUUGUUUGUGGUUGUAUAUCUGAAAUGGUUUCCCUAUAUGCAUCUGGAUUAGAAGGUGAACGAACCGAGGAAGCUUUAACAGAAUUAACUUAUAAAAAAAUAGUGUUCGUAUCAAAAUCAGCUAAAGAGGCUCUCGAUCGUGCUCAAGCCUACAACGGUUUGACAAGGCAGGAACCUAGAUUGAAAGGGGAGUUUACAGAACUUGAAAAAAUAUUUAGCCAAGUUAUCUUCAUUCAAAGACAAAUUAUUGAGAGAUUAGAUACAGCAUCACUUUUAAGAAAAACCUAUGGUAGUGCUAUUAUUGAAGAAUUAAACAAUGUAAUGUAUCCUUAUAGACGUCAAAUGAUUGGUAGUAUUACGUCUUUGAUGAGAGAAAUGCAGGAGGCAUUCAUCAACAAGACUCCACUUCCUCAGUAUUCCCCUAGUGCAAGAAUUGCGCACAGAAGACUGGUCAAUAAAGUGAGAUCUACUUUAGAGCUAAGGUAUCCAAGUAAAUCCAACUCUAGAGCAAUUUCUAGAUUUAAUUCAAGACAUGCAGGAUCAAUAGGUAUGACACCAGCGGUACUAAGUGAAAGAAAUGAAAGUGACGACUCCGAUAACGAAGAAGAAUUUAUGAUUAAGACAUCGAAUAGGGUACCAUUUGGGAAUAUAAAAUAUAAUAAUGUAGAUGAACCUUUAUCACAAAUGAAUGAAAUUAGUCAUGGAGAAAAUUUACAACAAGAAUUCUUACUAAGAGAGAAAUUUUUAUCUUGGAAUGCAUCCAGUGCUGCCCUUGAAGAAAUUAUUGAAUAUAUCGAAGUACUAUUAAAUUUAACCAAAAUUCUUGUUGGUGUAAAUGAAUUUAAGUAUGGUUUCCUCUCUCGUCCACUUUAUGAAGACUGGACUGCAGAAGCUAUUACAGGAUUCGAUAAAUUUGUUAACGGAAUUAAAGAACCAGAAUUCAAUGUCAAUAUGAGGAAUGUUGCUUCAUCACAUAGUAGUGCUUCUAUUGCGCCUGACGAAGUUAUUGACACCGAAUCCCAUAAUCGUGAGAUGGCUAGUUCUUUGAGUAGUAAUAGUGAUGCUAGAUCAUCGAUUGAUUCUAUCGAAGGUCCUGUUGCAUUUAAUGGUGAAGGUACAAGACAAAACAGGCGUCCUUCUGUAAAUCUUGCAAAGAUCGCAUCUCAUAAAAUUAACCAAGGUGAAACUGUACCAAAUAAUUUUAGAGGGAGAUUGAAUUCAUGGGCAUCUGGAACCUUCUUUCAAGACGAAUUAUCUGCCAUUAAUCGUCAACAAACACUUGGUGAUGCGAAUCCGGCAUUUGAUGUCGACAAGGAAGAUGAACAUUCGGAUGAAGAUCUUCCGUUAGCUUUAAAAAUGGUUGUUAGCCAUAUGAAAAAAAGAGCAUAA